UUUCGGCGAUCCCGCUCGCAUGCAUUCCCGGUGUUUGUCUUUUAUCAUCCACCAUCACCAUCCUCCUCUCACAAUCUUCUAAUUACAAUCCUCUCCAUCAUCUCUCUUUCCAAAACAGGAUCCGAUUCCAAGCAUGUCCUCCGCAACACGGCACCUCCGCGACCUCCAAUCCCAACCCGGCAACAGAACCUGCGUCGAUUGCUCCCAGAAGAACCCCCAAUGGGCCUCCGUCUCCUACGGCGUCUUCAUGUGUCUCGAAUGUUCCGGGAAGCACCGCGGCCUCGGGGUCCACAUCUCUUUCGUCAGGUCCGUCACGAUGGAUUCGUGGUCGGAGAUUCAAUUGAAGAAGAUGGAGAUCGGGGGGAACGAUCGCUUCAAUGAUUUCAUGAAGGAGUAUGGGGUUUCGAAGGAGACGAGCAUUGUGGAGAAGUAUAAUACGAAUGCGGCGAGGGUGUAUAGGGAGAGAGUGCAGGCCUUGGCGGAGGGGAGGCCGUGGAGGGACCCACCGGUGGUGAGGGAGACGGUGGGGAGAGGGAAGAGUAGGCCGCCGGUGAGCGGGGUAGGGGGGAGUUGGGAUAAUUGGGAGAGUUUUGAUGAGGGGAAAUUGGGGGCGGAUAUGAGGAGGAAUAAUACGGUGGGGGAUUUUAGGAGUGGGGGAGGGGGGAGGGGGUUUCCGUCGAGGUCCAAGUCGACGCAGGAUAUUUAUACCAAGGCGCAAUUGGAGGCGUCUGCGGCGGGGAAGGAGGAUUUUUUUGCCAGGAAGAUGGCGGAGAAUCAGUCGAGGCCGGAUGGAUUGCCUCCCUCGCAGGGAGGGAAGUAUGUUGGGUUUGGAUCCAGUCCGGGGCCAAUGCCCAGGAGUAGUUCGCAAGGGGAUGUUCUUUACGCUGUUAGUCAGGGGAUUGGUAGGUUAUCUAUGGCGGCUGCAUCGGCUGCACAAUCUGCUGCUACGGUGGUGCAAGCUGGUACCAAGGAUCUCACUAGUAAGGUGAUGGAUGGAGGAUAUGAUUACAGGGUAAAUGAAACUGUCAACGUUGUUAGUGCUAAAACAAGUGAGAUUGGACAUAGGACUUGGGGGAUCAUGAAGGGGGUCAUGGCAUUGGCUUCACUGAAGGUUGAAGAAUACACGAGAGAAGGUAAUACUGCUACUACUGAUGGCUGGAAUAAUGAUAGCUGGCAGAAUAAUGCAAGUCAGGGUAAUGGCUACUAUCAAGAUUCCGGGUCAGAAACCAGAGGAUGGAAUUCUAGUGGCAGAGGGCAAAACUCAACUACUGGACAUCAAAAAUCUCCGGGCUCAGGCUCAUGGGAUGACUGGGAUAGCAAGGACAAAAAAUCACCGCAGAAUGCAGACAGCUGGGCAGGCUGGGAUGAUACAAAGGAGGAUGAUGAUGAAGAUGAUAGUUACUACCGAAGUCCUCCUAGUACCAGCACGACUGGUGGACGCAAUGGAAAUGGAAAAUCGGAUUCGAACUGGACAGGGGGAGGCUUUCGCUAAAGCUAGCAUUAUAUUCUCGAUUGUAAUUUUUCCGACUUCGUUUUAAUCGUUCAUUUAUACUUAUUGAAUAGGGUCCAUGUGUUUAAAAAUGUUUAAAGGUCAAUCAAGUGGAUAAAUGUCCAUGAAAAGAGAUAUCAAUGGCCGUUUUUGGUUGAAUGGAACUAUGUUUUGUGUUCAA